AUGUGGGCCCUACCAAAAGAGAAGAAAAGAGAACAACAGAUCAGAGGAGUGAUGGUGAUCCACCGACUAGAAUUGUGCAUAACCAUGGUUCGAUUGGCCAUAGAAUUCGUCAUGAGCGUUGCAGAAACAGUGGUCAUAGUUCAACAGAGAACUGCAGAACCCCUUGGAAGCUUGAAUCGUGCAAGUACUCCUCUCCCUUUCUAUGGCUACCUCCGCUGA